CGAAGCGAGUUAAGCUUUUUGUCGGAGUUUAUUCGAUGCGCUUUCAUUUCAUGCGAAAUAAUUUUUUUAAUAUGAAUACAAUUAAUAUUGGAUGCUUUUGUAUCGAAACUAUUUUCCGAUACGAAGAUGGUUUCUACGUAACUUACGAUUAUCAGUAUGUCCUGCCAGAAGGAUAUGGAUUAUAUUUUCAAUAUUUUCCACACCAGCAAGCCCCUACAAUGCUUGCUUAUCGACUUCCAAGUGAAGAUGGUGUUUACGGACCGCCAUCUGGAGUCGUGGAUCACGGCUUGCAGGCAUUUCAGCAUCAGCCACAAGCAGAAACUGACGAAAGUGAACCUCUCGAAGAAUUUCCUGCAUUUCGGAUGGAAACACACCAAUCGGAAUAUUCUUCUGUAGCAGAAACGUUGCUACAUCCGGGGCAACCAAAUGUGUUGCAAAAUAACCCGGAACCGGAACAAAACACCCAGAAAGAAGUAACAAAUACGGAAACCGACGUGCUUUCCUCAUUUGAAACCUGUGAAGUUGUAUCAGAUCCAAACUUUAAUGUUUCUGAUCCUGAAACUGCUGUUGGUGACACAAAGCAGCCUUCCCCAAUUAAUCUCGAUGGCAUCAGCGCUGAAGAUUCAGCGAAAAGAAGUAAACAAGAAAUGAUCUUUAGUAUUACAGAGACUGACAAUGACGACUCAGAUGAUAUGGAAUUAUUUUCACUCGAAGAUGCUUAUGCUCCAUUGACUCCAAGACAAAUUUUGGUAUUGGAAAACGAAGCUCACAGAACACUAAAGCAGGAACUGAUGAGUUUAGAUGUUCUCUGUCAUGCUCUUGGUAUUAUCUACGAAGAGGAAGAACAUGAAUUAUCGGAAGACGAGAACCUCGAUCAUACAAAGAGUAUAUCGGAACAAAAUAUCUCUUCUUCUCAUCAGUUAAAUGACGUUAAUCAAUUGGAACAGCAAAGCUUUGAAUCUACUUUGCUAACAUCCUCGAUGACAAUCGACAUUGAAGGUGCUAAUUGUAUUGGAAUUAAGUGUGAUCCAUCUGUUAUUUCACGGAUGACAAAACAAUCAAGAGAGAUGACAGAAUUCGUUGAAGGUAAGGUUACAAAUAGCAGAUUGCAAAGAAUUAUUAAAUUUUCAAAACAAUUUAUUGAAAAAUUUUUAACGAAAUACAAUCGAAUUUAGAAAUUUUUCACUCUGGUGUACUAUUAGUAAAUUGUAAAGUUUAGCAUUAAUUUUCCAUACAUAGUUUUUCAGUCGUUUGAUGUUUAUU